UCCACAAAAAAUAAAUCAGAAAUCCUGAACUUUCCCCUGUUCACCUAUGACUCUACUAGUUUUGAAGGAUUGUUUGCUACUCUAUGUUGGCAUAUAGAAUAGAACCUCUGAAUAAUUCAGCCAAACUGAAUAAUCAGUCCUCCAAAGACUGAACUUAUUUCUUCAAUACUAAAUGUGCCUGAACGAUAGAGGGGUCUGUGUCCUUUCACUUCGCACUCCCACUCUCUUUCUGUAGGUAUGAGAAUUAGUGGUGAAAAGAGAGAUCACGAACUUCCAUGGCAUCCGUUAAUAUGUCAUAUCUAGACCCCACAACACUGAUGCUAAUUGGGAUCCCCGGACUACAGGACGUGCAAUUUUGGAUUGGGUUUUCCUUCUUUGCAAUAUGCCUGAUGGCUCUUCUGGGAAAUACUAUUUUACUAAUCAUCAUUCCUACAGAACACAGCCUGCAUCAACCCAUGUACGUUUUCCUGGCAGUGCUGGCAGCCACUGACACAGGGCUCUGUGUAGCCAUUGCUCCCAAGAUGUUGGCCAUCUUCUGGUUUGGCUCAUGCUCCAUGGCUUUUGAUGCGUGCUUAGCCCAGCUUUUCUUCAUUCAUGCCUUGCAGGGCAUGGAAUCUGGCAUCCUGCUGGCCAUGGCCUUUGACCGCUAUGUUGCCAUCUGUGAUCCACUGAGGCACACAUCCAUCCUCACGCCAUCCAUCCUGGUCACUAUGGUGCUGGUUGUGGCAAUUCGGGCAAUGGUGCUUGUUGGCAUUUUACCAAUUUUAAUCAAAAGACUACACCUUUUCCAUUCCGUUGUAAUUGCUCACUCCUACUGUGAGCACAUGGCCGUGGUCAAGCUAGCUGCAGAAGACAUCCGAGUCAAUAAAACAUGUGGUCUCCCAGUAGGUUUUACAAUACUGGGAUUUGACAUGAUUUUCAUCUUCAUUUCCUAUAUCCUUAUUUUCCAGGCUGUUUUUCGUCUACACCAAAAGGAGGCACGGCUCACAGCAUUUAACACAUGCACAGCUCAUAUUUUUGUUUUCCUUGAGUUUUAUAUUCUUGCCUUCUUCUCCUUUUUCAGCCACCGUUUUGGACAUGUUGCUCCUUCAACCCACAUCCUUCUUUCUACCAUCUAUCUCCUUGUGCCUCCUGCACUCAACCCUAUUGUCUAUGGUGUAAAAAAUAAGGUAAUUCGUAAGCGUGUGGCACGGAUUUUUCUUCUGAUUCGUCACUCCCAGCAGUAACCUAUUAAAUGGUUAUGCUCGUGUAAAGAAUACUUUUGCUUCCUAGGGAUGAAGACAGGUUGAACUCUGUGUGCACAUUGUUGGGGGAUUCACUUCAAUGUGUGCAAACUUAAAGAGAUACAUUAAAAGGUAUUUAUUUCACAAACUAUAGUUAGAAUGAAAUAAAAUCUGUUCAGGUUAAGACUGAUAUUAGCGGUCUUCAUUCAUUUUAAUUCUAAUUUUCU